AUUUUCAACUCAACAGCAACCCACGUGCCCGCUGCAGAGUACUGCUCUCGAGUUUUAUUGCUGAUUAAAAUUGGCAUUUGCAUUUGUCCCAUUCGAUGCGAUGAACAAACCAAUGCUAAUUUCACUCGGAUUAGCUUAGAUUCUGGCCACUCAUGACAUGAGGCAUGGAUCCAUUUAAUUGCUAUCAGCAGUCCAGAGCAAGCAGACCGAAAUCUAUCUUGUCCUGAUUGAUGAUCGAUGAGAUCUCAUCUCAUCUCACCACCAGCACUCCAGUCUCCAGGGCGCCAUCUCUCUUUCUUCUUCGCCGGCAGGGCAGGGCAGGGCAGCCAAACUACCACCCACACCCGAGUCAGCUGACCUGACCAGACCAGACCAGGCCAUUCUCUCUCUCUCUCUUUGCUUUGCAACUGCAAGGCUGCAUUUGCUGCAAGAUCGAUGGAUCUGCACUACGGGUACGGCGGCCGGGCCGGCGAGGCGGCCUACAUUGCCAGCGCCGGCGCCGGGUCGGGCGUGGUGGACGUGGUCACCCGCGACUCGGCGGCGCAGGCGCUCGGCACCGUGGUGCAGCUCCACUUCGACAAGACGGUCGAGAAGAAGCGCGCCGCCGACGCCCAGAAGCAGGAGCUCUGGCGCCUCUUCCUCGCCUUCUUCCUCUUCCUCGCGCUCGUCCUCUCCGCCGUCGCCGGCUCCCCGCCCGCGCGCCUCCAGUGCCGCCACCUCUGGGCGCCCGCCGGGCUGCUCUCCCUCGCGCACCUCGCCUUUUACGCCGCCGUCGCGCACCACCUCCGCUGCCUCAACGGCUUCCGCUACCAGCGCCGCUGCCACAAGCUCACCCUCGCGCUGGCAGCCGACAGGCUCAGGAUGCUCAAGUCGGGCCCAGGGGAGGUCGUGCCCGCCGCCGACGUCGAGGUGCCCUACCAGGAGCCGCCCGAGAGCUACCUGGCCAAGUUCAAGCGCAGCUGGGCCAUCCACUUCGCCUUCCUCAUCGCCACAUUCGCCUUCUCCGUCGCCGCAUCCGUCGCAAUCCUCUGCUUCUAGUUCUAGUCUAUUAUGGAUCUCCAUGACCAGGAGGUUAGGUUAUCACUUCACUGCUGCCUGUAUUCCAUUAGAAAUGCCCAUGUAGCAUUGUAGCGGGCAGGAGAUGGACUAGGGAACCAGAGCUUAUUAACUACUAGCCUUGUUGCCCUUGUUAAGAUAAUUCCAUGUACCAUUCUCGAUUAGUUAUUGAGAUGAUGAUGCUGUUCACUUCACUGCAAACUGCAAUUGUGACAAGCAGUUUCGGGACUCUCAUUC